UGAGGCAUUGGACAUCAGUUGCAAAACAGUUGUGAAAGUUAAAAUGUUAAAAGUACGCAGCAUUGUUCUGCUGCAAAGAAGAUGGAAGAGUGGGGCCAAAAAACGAUGGAAUGUCCUGCAGAACAAGAAGAACAACUGCGACAGGGCGCUGGAGAACUUUGAUGACUUUUACGGAUCCGUGUACGGCAGCCGGUGGAAAAACAUGCGGGCAGCACUACUUACCCGGCACAAGUACAUCGCCCUGGUUAACAACUUUGGAGACACGGAGCAGACCUGCAGCAUGCUAGAAAUGGACGGGGCUAUCAAUAUGAAGUCACUUAUUAAUUUGGCCCAGGAUCGCCUGAAGGAGUCCAGUAACGAACCCAUGCCGGCUCAGGGGCAAUCUCGACAUGAGAUAGAGGGAAAACUGGAUACCUUGCUGCGAAAGCAACAGGAACGAGAGGUCUCCUCGAUUUAUCCUAUCCUCGGAGAGGAUGGUCUCUCUGGUACAUUGCCACAGCAAUUAAAGUUUGAUAACAUAGAGGAAAAGCAAACAGAUCAGCUUCAGGAAAGGCUACCGUUCGAACAGAGCUUAACCAAGGCUCUGGAGGAAGAUGUCCGGCUAGAUGAAAAUCGUUUAGUAGACCCCCAGUUUGGCACUGGCGGCUUAUACGAGUACAUGCCCGCUCACAGCAUAAAGGGAAUGGAGGACUGGGUGGCCGAAUCGGAGCACUACAAAUAUUAUCAAACCAGUGCGGAUUUUCCUUUAAACAUUGAGCCGGAAACAUAUUUUCAGUACCCAGAGCACCUAUCACUUUAUACGUAUGAGAUGGGCAACUGCUCCGACUUCAAGGCACCCAAAAAGUGUCUCACUGGAGUGCUCUCCCACUUCAUGAUGGACGGAGCGUCCACUUUGCCUCCACUCUUCCUCCAAGUACAACCUGGCGAACGAGUUCUCGACGCCUGUGCUUCUCCUGGAGGCAAAUCCCUAGUCAUGCUGCAGACCUUACACGUCGACCAGUUGGUUUGUAACGACAUCCAAGAAUCCCGACUGAACAAACUGCGCAAGGUGAUGCAAGAGUACCUGUUUGAUUUCAAGGAACGCUGGGCGGGCAAGCGCCUGAUCUUCAGCCAGAGCGAUGCUCGUUACCUGGACGAUUACGACGCUUUUGACAAGAUCCUGGUGGAUGUACCUUGCACGACGGAUCGCCACGUCCUCAACGAGCAAGAUAACAACAUUUUUAAGCCCACGCGAAUCAAGGAGCGCCUGCGCAUCCCAGAACUCCAAGCCGGCAUCCUGACCAAUUGCUUGCGCCUACUACGACCUGGCGGCAGCUUGGUCUACUCCACCUGUUCGCUGUCGCCCAUUCAAAAUGAUGGUGUGGUGCACAUGGCUCUGCAAAAGGCUUUUGCGGAGCAUAAUAUCACAGCAACUAUCAAGGAUCUGAGCCGGCAAACGGCGCUCUUCAGCGAUGUUUUUAAGUUCGAGCAUCCGAAGGGACUCAAAUACGGACAGAUGGUGGUCCCCUAUCUCCCAGCCAACUUUGGCCCUAUGUAUUUCAGUAAAAUAACAAGAAAUGCUUAACAAUUUGUGGACUGAAUGUUUUAAUAAAGAUGAACAGUUAAGAACCUUUA